CUGUUUUAUUUCAUAAAAAGCAAUGGGCUACGGAUCGAGCAUCGUGGAAUUCCAGGCAUGACAAUGGCGUAAUCAGAAAAGUUGAAACAGCGAUUGACCAAGGCCUAAUUAGUUCUGUUUAAGUGAAAUUGUUUGAAAAUUUAUUGAACGUUAGAUUGUUAGCUUCUUGUAAUCAUAAUCUGUCGUAAUAUUACAAAGAGGAUCUAGAAUAACCAUGAAACAAAAACCACCUGCAGAUUUGGUAAACUUUUUUUUUGGUGAGAAUGUUCGGUUAAAUUCCCAAUCAUCAGCAAACUUAACAAACCUAAUUCAAUUUAUAUUGAAGUAAGACGCUGCUGAAAUGAAGAAGCAUAGUUCAGUAGCAAAGGCAUAUAUCAUGUCAAUCAAGACUGUAAUUUUGUCAAUUUCCGUUGGUUGUAAUCUUGCGACAAUAUUGCGAGAGAGCUGCCAGUAUUACGGAGACUUUAACAUCGUUUUACAAGACAUGGCAGUGACAGGCAAUGUAUUAAAAUCCUUUGUAGGUAAAACAAAGCGGCAAUGCACACUUGAGUGUAUGUCAAGCCUUGAAUGUAAAUCACUGAACUUUAAAGAGGACGAUGGACAAUGUGAGUUGCUUGAUCGGAGUUUGACAUCAAGUAUGACAGCUAUCAGCAAAAGACUUGGGUGGGUGUACAUGACAACAGAUGAAAAAGCUUCUAAUGUUGGCCCACGGUGUGCAUUAUUGUCUCCUUGCCAAAAUGGUGGUAAAUGUGUGGAUACAUGCACUGAAGAUGGGUUCAAGUGCCAAUGCAAAGAAAUGUUUACAGGCAAAUAUUGCGAAAAUGAAAGAAGUUUUGCCAGUUGCCAAGCAGCCUACGAAGCGGGUUAUCGCAAGGAUGGUGUUUACUUGCUUUCAAACAUUGGACACCAUUAUUGUGUUCUGAAUGGGACAACGACUUGUGACGGCGUUGGAGGUUGGACACUAGUGUUAAAGACGGAUGGAAGACUGAACACAUUUCGAUACGAGUCAAGUCACUGGACAUCAAGCAGUGUCUACAACCACGUUUAUGCUUUGACAGAGGGUUUUCUUGGCGACCAGGAAGCGAAGUUUCCAGCAUUCAGUGCAUUGCCAUUUACUCGAGUUUGUGUUGGGAUGAGGUCGGGAAGUGAGAAAAGCUAUAUUACUCUAUAUCAUCACUCAACAUCACUUUUGACAUACUUUCAAGGCUCAUUUCAUGCAACUGUUCAGGAAAGCAAUUGGCGCAAUUUGUUGAAAGAAAGCCAGCUCCAGCCCUAUUGCAAUAGACAAGGGUUCAAUAAUGUCAUUACCGGUAGUGUAGACGCUCGAGUGAGGAUUGGAAUCCUUGGCAACAACGACAACGACUGCAUCACCCCUGAUUCAGCCAUUGGCAUAGGUAUUGGCGGUUCUCAUUUACAACCCACUGGCGUUUAUACUGGAGCGACAAUGAGUGCACAGAAGGUUUUCGGAUAUAUACUCAUAAGAUAAGUAGAUCCCGAACUAAGCAGCAGAGGUAACGAAGUGAUGUCAUCAUGCUUUUACUAACAUCUAGCAAAUUCAGAGCACAGUACAAGUGCACAUAUACUCCCUGUGAGGAAGGAAGAAAGGAAGUGAAAGAAAAGCUUAAAAGAAACAAAUGAAAUGAGAAGCUCGUAACGGCUUUUGAUUGGAUAGUUAGGCCCUGUCUUUAUGAUGAUUUGAUGCAAACGAUUGAUCUACUUUUAAUGCACGCUUAUUGUUUUUACCUAAAUAAUUAUUUAGGACGGUGUUUUCGAGCGAUUAUCAUGUAGUUAGUUGGCAUUAAAAUUACAGCAUAUUUCGUUAAUGGCGUACUUUGAUAGGGACAUGGGUGAUUUGAGCGGCCAUCUGCAAGCAUAAGAGAUCAUAAAGACAUGUAAGUUGCUAUCUUUGAUGUGUGGUCUAAUAUAGCUAAGAACAUUUCUGAAAACGUAGAGAAAACUCAAAGAAAAUAAACAACUUUUUUAAGCCGCCAUAACUAAGCUCAAGUGAUUUAUCAAAAGUCCCGUAUGUAAAUAUGAUUUCCCGACUUUGAAAAAAAUGGCGAUCCCCCACCUUGAUGAUAACGGAUAAUGUUGACAAGAAUCACAAACUUGCAUACGGUUAGAAAAAUGUGAGAUAAUAACAUUCACCUGAUAUUUUAAGAAAAAAUAAUACAAAUAUUUGGACAGGAUAACCUAUGAGCAUGAUACAAUGCUGUUAUCUUAAGGGUCCUGUUAGAAAUAAAGAAAAUGGAAAAAACUUAUAGCUACAUAACAGAUUAAUCUUUUUCUUAAAUAGAAAAGUGUCAAUAGUUUCUUCAAGUGUAGUGUUCUUUAAAAAAUGAUGUGAAUAUGACCGUGGACUCAAUCUUAUUUGCAUCCAGUGGCAAUUCAUUAUCUCUUUUGCCCAAAUUUUGUUUUCAUGAAUGGUAGUUCAACAGUAUUGUUGACUUUCUUGCACAAUUUUCAUGUUUUGACCUUUCAGAGCAAUUCUAAAUGGUUCGCAUACAUUUCCCUGAAGGAAGUUAAAAGCAAACUUGCAUACACUCUUCUUCAUUCAAUCUUCCAAAGGCACUUGGUGACAAAUGCUAAACAACUUUCACAGCAACAAUAAUUCAAAACGUGAGAAGUCCAAUGUGUCUGCUUGGAUUGAUCUAAAAAUAUCUUGAUAAUCAGUGGCUUUUACUUUUAGCAAUUUUUAUUCUCUCUAUUUAAGCUGUGACGUCAUCCCUUAGUAGCUAUAUCCGACUAGGGGAAGUGAAAUCUAAGUUUAGAAUGUUAUGAGACAUAAUUGUAGCCUAUUGUUUUGUUAUGUCUUAAGUAAAAUAUCAGAAGCCGUUGCACCUGUUUGUCUUUUUAGAAAGUUAAAUUUGUUGCACUGAUCGUAGAAUGUAAAUUGUUGCAUUAGAAGAAAAAUAUCAAAAACUUGUUGAUUUGAGUUUCCUUCUUCUUGACACUGAGAUGGCAAGAUCACAAUUUAAAGGUGAUGGUCAUUUCUGGUAAUAAAUUUUUUAUAGAACUCGGCAAAAUUAUCAUGGUACUCUUUCAAAACGAUUUGGCGGUUUCCCUGAUAUAGAUCAAAUCCUACAGGCUACAAAAGGGCUUCGUUUAGUUCUUAUAGCUUCUAUUUUAAAAUCUAUUGUGCAUUUCAAGACUUCAGCCUCUGUGUCGACUGUAGGAUUUUUGCUCAGCAAAUUUUUUCUCAAAGAAAUUGAAUAGCAUAUCCUAGCAUGAAAUAAAGUAAAAUGUAAGGAGGAGAGAGAGAAAGAACAAAAAGAAGAAAGUAAGGAAGAACAACUCUUACAAAAAUAUCAAUUGUAGCAAAAAAUUGAAUUGGGCUGGAAUGUUUUUCAAAACUGAAAAGCGAAGAAUCUUUAACAAGCAUUUAAAGUUAUAACCACAAAAGUUCAGAGUCGUCGAGAGCCAGACAGGGCCUAAUUACAAACAUCUAGCUACACUGUUUGUACCAAUCAUGUAAUGACUCGUAGAUCGUGGGACGAUGCCAUCGAUCGAAUCGUCAAGUUUGUCAAACCGUGCCGUGACGUAACGGGACGAUCCGCGGGUAACUGACGGUACGAUCCACGUAUCAUGGUACGAUCUAUCGGUUGUCAUUUUAUCUACGAUGUGACUCCAUAAAUAACUGCCCUCAUCAAAUUACCUGUAACCAAUGGCAUCAUUUUCCUAAUGUCAAUAGCGCCUAUGAUACCAGAGUGACUUUAUUCAAGAAAGUUAUAUAGUGGUAUUGUGGUUUCUUGCCUCUUUUAUUCGUCUAUUGGCCAAUAAUCAUAGAAAAGACGAAAAUCUUUUUAAUCAUGAAUCAAUUAAUUUUUAACAUAGCAACACAGUUUUUAUUCUAAGCCAUAAAUAUAAAAAUUAAUCAUAUUUGUCAUAUUGUUUCCAACGGAGCUUUGAAUUUCAAUAUGACAUCCUGCAAUAACAGGUUGUCGGGUUCUUGAUUGGCCUAGAAUAGCACUAUCUAACAAUUCUAGGAUUCCAGAAUAAGAGACCUCGCGUCAACUAUCCCAGUUAAGAUGAAAUUAUCAUUUUUGUUUCAAUGGGAAUGUCAUAACCUAUAGGAUUAUACAGACAUGUACAGACUAUACACUACACUAACAGAGAUCUUCUCACUCGAUCUACACUACGAGACUCUGUAAAGAUCCCCAAUUCCCGAAAUAUAGGACUGAAUUUGCAAACGAAGACUUUCAAUACGCAGCUCUCAAAUGUAAUUCGUGAGCUACUGUCAUUGGAUUGUUCUAAAAAGCAAGUUAACACACAUCUGAAAGAAACACUCUAAAACACAACUCAAAGAGCAGCAAUGACUUUGCAAAAAUUUGAAUAGGCU